AAUAAUAACCAUAGGAGAUUAUUUUUGUUCCGCUACAGCAUUCGUUUGUAUUACUUAGCAGAACAUGGCUAACAGGCAACUGCGAAGUGAAGUUUUGAAACGCGCCCUGAAGGCAUGCAUCGUCCAACCGGUAAUAAGAAAAUAUCAGGUAGUAGCCGUUCGUGCGAUGUGGGGAAGUGAUGUUGAUGCCCGCGAGGUCAUUUGGGGCAAGAGAAUGCAGAUGGAGAACAUAUUGCUUAGCAACGAACAAGUAUCCUGUUUUUUUUCUUGUAUUACCUAUAUGGCCAGACCUCGUAAGAGAAAGUCGAUGAGGAAGGAAGGGGAGGAAGAAGAAGGAGCCGACUCUAGCAGUGAAGGUGAUAACAGAAACGGCGCAAAUGCGCCUGAAACAUUUCCUGGCAUUUCUUUCUGGAUCGCGUGCGACUUGCCAAACUGUACCUUAAGUCAAUUUGAAACAAAUUUGUCGAAGUCUUUUAUGCAAGCCGGGUUGAAUUUAACAACGUGCAAUGCUAUACAGACAAGAUGUAAAUACUUGAACCUUUUAGUACUUGAAAUACUGUCAAUGUUUUUCGAAUAUUUUACGCCACAUUUGAUAUUUGUAGGCAAAACCAGUGCAUUGCAAGCAUUCUCAGGAUCGUUAUACCAAGUCUUGAAAGACCACAAUAGGGAAGAAGCAAAACGGAUAGUUGAGAUAUCCCAUCGCACAAUGAUUAGGAGUGCAGCUAGAGAUGAAGGUGUUCAACUUGACCACGUUGCUGUAAUGGAAAGCGAACAGUACUCGAUGAAACCCUGUCAGUUAAUUCUAACAAAAAAUAUUGAUAAAGAGGUAUAUCAAGAUGUAAUUCGUGGUUUAUCCGAAAUCAGAUUUACAUCGCUUGAUUUAAAAGUAAUUGAUAAAUCGGAAGGCACAGAAGUAACUAUUCCCGUUAAGCCAACUAACAAACUUUGUCAAUCCGUGGAUAUAGUUCGAAGGAUGAUGGAGAGGAAUAGCUUUGGGCUGUGCAAUGGAGGUGUAUACAAAAAAAUAGGAGAAAGCAGAUACACAUACGUUUACUGUUGUUCGGUGAAAAGCUAUCUCUAUCGCUCGUUGAAAAACAAAGCAAUCGCCAACGAAAUUACGCCAAAUUUACGAGAGUUGGUAUUUUUGCUGUCGGACGGCGAGUGCCAAAUAAUUGAUCAAAUAACUCUGGAUUACAAUUACAUUGAAUGCUUGCCAAAUGGAGUUUGUUAUAACAUCGCCAAAAAAUGUUUCGAUGUCAAGCCAAAUUUAAAGGGAUCUCCCCGAGCAUUCGUACGGUACUUUCAUCGUGAGGGAAAAAAUCCCGAACCAAAGCCAUUUAUAGAAGGUAAUUGUUUUUACUUUUCUUUUAACGCGUUAAGAAAAUGUGUUUUUUUUCUUUUAACGCGUUGUAACAUAUCAAGGUGGUAGUUGUAACGUGUUGUAACGUAUUGUAACUUGUUGUAACGCAUUGUCAGUGAAAAAAAUGUUUUUUUUUAUCUUUUAACGCGUUGUAACAUAUCAAGGUGGUAGUUGUAACGUGUUGUAACGUAUUGUAACUUGUUGUAACGCAUUGUCAGUGAAGAAAAUGUUUUUUUUUAUCUUUUAACGCGUUGUAACAUAUCAAAGUGGUAGUUGUAACGUGUUGUAACGUAUUGUAACUUGUUGUAACGCAUUGUCAGUGAAGAAAAUGUUUUUUUUUUAUCUUUUAACGCGUUGUAACAUAUCAAAGUGGUAGUUGUAACGUGUUGUAACGUAUUGUAACUUGUUGUAACGCAUUGUCAGUGAAGAAAAUGUUUUUUUUUAUCUUUUAACGCGUUGUAACAUAUCAAGGUGGUAGUUGUAACGUGUUGUAACGUAUUGUAACUUGUUGUAACGCAUUGUCAGUAAAAAAAAUGUUUUUUUUUAUCCUUUAACGCGUUGUAACAUAUCAAGGUGGUAGUUGUAACGUGUUGUAACGUAUUGUAACUUGUUGUAACGCAUUGUCAGUGAAAAAAAUGUUUUUUUUUAUCUUUUAACGCGUUGUAACAUAUCAAGGUGGUAGUUGUAACGUGUUGUAACGUAUUGUAACUUGUUGUAACGCAUUGUCAGUGAAGAAAAUGUGUUUUUUUAUCUUUUAACGCGUUGUAACAUAUCAAAGUGGUAGUUGUAACGUGUUGUAACGUAUUGUAACUUGUUGUAACGCAUUGUCAGUGAAGAAAAUGUUUUUUUUUAUCUUUUAACGCGUUGUAACAUAUCAAAGUGGUAGUUGUAACGUGUU